UUUUGGUUUCGAUACAAAAGACAAGAAAGAUUGGCAGUAGACUACGAGGACGGCGGUGGAGGUCCCUGGAAAACAGUUGGUGACUUGCAAGAACAGAAGCGCAGCCUAGUGGCAUCUUGCCUUGAGGUGGGCAGUGUGGAGGAGCCUUGCUGUGGCGGCGGAGAGCGCAUCGAGGCUGCUGCAGUAACAGAUCCAUUAGAAAGCUGGAUAAAUGGUCAACUUUCCAGCAAUGGGGUCAUACUUGUCCCAGAGGGCCUUUCAGCCCUUGGUUGAGAAUGACCAUAAGAACAGGAGUAACAACGAUGGUAACAACUCUCUCGAUGACCUGGACAGACAAAAUGACAUUGCCCAGUUUCCCUAUGUGGAGUUCACUGGGAGGGACAGUGUCACAUGCCCAACAUGCCAGGGCACAGGGCGAAUACCUAAUGGUCAAGUGAAUGAGCUGGUAGCUUUAAUUCCAUACAGUGAUCACAGACUACAGCCACAGAGAACGAAACUCUAUGUAGUCAUCUCUGUGAUUAUGUGCCUUUUCGCUUCAUCUCUUGUGGCGUUUUUCUUGUUUCCUCGGUCCAUCCUGGUGGAAGAUGAUGGGACUAAAGUGGUAGUUGUACGUUUUGAUAAGAACCACACUAAAGUUUUCAUCAGCAUGACGAGCACCCUGAACGUCAGCAACUCCAACUUCUUUACAGUGUACGUGGACAGUGUGACCAGUCAAGUUCUGUUUAUGAAGACCAUAAUUGGUACCCAGCAGCUAAAUAGGAUCAUGGCAAUACAGCCUCUCACUCAAAAACAGGUGAACUUUACAGUGGAUAUGGAAAUUGGCAGCAGCUUGUCAUUUGUCUACACAUUCUGCACGAUGCCCACAGUUAAGGUGCAUAAUAUCGUAGUGUUUAUGCAGACCUCUGUGAAGACCUCUUAUAUGGUUAGGACUACCCAGAAUUCUUUGGAAUCAUACCGGUACAUCGACUGUGGUUCAAACUCGACAGCACGUAGUGGGUAUCCAGUUCCUUUUGUAGCUCAGUGAGAGGCUUGCUUGCGGCUGCAGAUAAAAACCACAUGUUCUUGGAAUCGGAACGAGCUGCCAACCUGCCUUUUUUUGUGAACAUCCAUGCCACUCUCUUAUGAUGUAUGGUGGUACUUUUUGAGGGACUGACAGAUUGAGUAUUGAGCAUGUUUUCAGAAUUGGUCAGAGUCAGCUUUCUGUUAUAAAAGAUGUGUGUCAUGCUGCAGGGCCAUUUUUUUUCUUGAUAUGAAUGGAUAAACAGUACAUAAGAUUAAAUAUUUGGUGUUCAACUAU